AACCAAUCUACACUACCUCUGUCAAGGCAAAUCCAUUACAAUGCCCUCUACAGACUCCUUGAUCCACCAUCCUAAUGGCCAGACGUCUCAUAUUGUCGAGGACAACUUCACUGACCCAUGGAAGCCAUGCGAAACCAUCUUAAUUCAACACGGCUUCGCUCGUCACGCGGCAUUCUGGUACCACUGGGUGCCUGUUCUUUCGAGACAAUAUCGGGUCAUAAGAAGAGACCUACGUGGCCAUGGAUUGUCGAGUACAGGAGAUGAUCCUAAAUAUGACUACUCAGUCCAGACUAUCUGCGACGAAAUCAUCGACACUCUUGACCAACUAAAGAUCGAUCGGGUGCACUUUCUAGGCGAGUCAACUAGUGGCAUGUUGGGCGAGAUAUUGGCAGCGCGUCAUCCCGAACGUCUGCACUCUUUGAUAAUAUGCUCGUCACCAACCUGGCUUCCACCUGCUGCUCUCAACCUAUUUGCUUUCGGACAGAAGGAUUGGCCAACAGCGUUGCGGCAAGUAGGAUCAAGGGGUUGGGGUGAGGCAUUAGCCCGAGUCCCUGGCACGCUGUCGAUCACAGAUCCAGAGUAUACCUCUUGGUGGAAGGACCAAGUCGCAGUUUCGUCUGCGGAGGGUCUGGCAAAAUAUGCUAUCUUUCUAUCGACGCUGGACUCGAGGCCAUAUCUGAAGGACAUUAAAAUUCCCGUGUUGAUAUUGGCUCCAGCAAACAGCGCAGCCACGAAACUAGAGGAGCAAAGGGGUAUCAAGGAGGCCAUUCCAAAUGCGGAAAUGGUUGUCAUUAAUGGAAAAGGGCACGAGAUUUAUGUUGAAAUGGCUGCGGAGUGUCAGGCCGCGGUCCUCAAAUUUUUGCACGGUCUACGUGCGAGUUCCUCGUAGCUGAAUAACCAUCGAAAUAUCAUAUUUAUCUGGAGCAGAGCUCGAGCCUCUAGAUCAUCAGCGUCCUUCUUAGCAGCGUUUGAGGCGGUCCAGUUUCUAGUCACUAAACCACAACCACACGAAAGUUCCACACGAUCGAGAACAUAUCCAGGCCAAUUUGUUCUUACGACGCAUCGGUGCC